CAGUGGGAAAUUGGAAGCGGUAUAAUCCGGGCAUAGUGUUUGGCAGUCUGGUGAAAGUGUUUUCUUCUCCUGCGCCGCAUUCUUGAUCCGGACGAUCGCCCGUUGACGGGGCCAAGCAUUUCGCUUUCGCCUGAAAGUAUUUCGCCAAGGCUGAUCUCGCGGUCCAUUGGAGUUGGAGGAGCAAUCUGUCUGAAAGAGGUGGCAGAGUUGUGCUGCCUAUUUGUGCAGCUGUGGACGGAAAAGUGAUGCAGUCGUCUGCUCUGCGGAUGACCAGAGAGUAGCGCGUGUUCGUUCAUCGCAUGCUGUACAGCUCGUGAUACGGUGUACAGUGCCUGUCAUCCGUCUGUGGGAUAAGCAACACCAAGUACAGGGCUGACGUUCCUGUGGGCCGAAGUGUCAUCGGAGUACAGGAGAAACGCUGGAAAGAUGCUUUCAGAGGCGCUUCGCAAGCAACAACACCAGCACAGCAAGACCGAAUAUCUUUCGCUCUUCGCACUUCGCCACGGAGCAUCGUCCGCUAUUGUGGCAGCGGCAGCAUGCUCUGCCUACGCGUCUGCCUUGGGUGCUGGACUCGUAUUCGACGAUAUCGCAGCCAUCAAGGAAAACAGAGACAUCAGGCCAACAACGCCAAUCACUAAUUUACUCCACAACGACUUCUGGGGGACGCCGCUUGUCAAGGAGGAGAGCCACAAGUCGUAUCGUCCCGUGACGGUGUUCACAUUUCGGAUCAACUACGCGAUCCACGGGUUGGAUUCCUUUGGAUACCACCUGGUCAACGUUUUUCUCCACUGCCUCGUCUGCGUAUUCUACCACAGGAUGUGCCUGAGCCUUGUUCCUAGCUUUACGAGCCUCCUGGCAGCACUCCUUUUCUCCGUCCAUCCCAUACAUACGGAAGCGGUGACAAGUAUCGUAGGUCGGGCCGAACUCCUGUCGGCACUUUUCUACUUGGGUGCCUUAUAUUUCUACAUUUACAGCGCACAAGUUGUUUCUAGUAGUUGUGUGGGACAGUGCCUGGUGACAGUUCUUCUUGCCGUUGCUGCCAUGUUGUGCAAGGAGCAAGGUCUUACAGUAGUAGCAGUUUGCUGCGUCUUCGAACUUGUUCAUCGAAAGCAACAUUUUUGGAGUGCGAGCGGAUUUUUGAAGCCCUGGAAGCAUUCGAAGGAGGCCAUGCAUCGUGUCUGUAUUCUUGGUGCAUCAGCGGCUGCUAUUCUUUGGUGGAGACUGCGUUGGAACGGACCACACACUCCGGCCUUCAGUGGGAUAGAAAAUCCCGCGACGCUAACACAAUCACCGUGGCGUCAGCUCACCUACGCUUACCUCGUCGGGUUGAAUGCUUGGCUUCUAGUGUUCCCCAGUAGUUUGUGCUGUGAUUGGACGAUGGGCUCUGUGCCUCUUGUGACGUCGUUAUCCGACGUCCGCAACCUGGCAACUCUAGUGACGUUUUGUAUAUGUGCACAGGCCGGUAGGGCGGCGCUUCGAAUUGAAGAUCGCUUCAGGGUGCCUUUAGUCAUGGCGCUGUCCAUGCUGGUGAUUCCCUACCUUCCAGCUUCGAAUGUUUUCUUCACCGUCGGUUUCGUCGUAGCUGAGAGAGUCCUCUACUUGCCUAGCAUGGGAUUCUGCCUCCUCGUUGCGUUAGGAUUUGCGCGACUUUGCCGCAACCACCAAUACGAGGGUAUCUUGAAGGUGUGUCUCAUCGCCCUGUUGAUGUCUCACGUGACGAAGACCUUUCUUCGAAAUUACGACUGGUGGUCAGAGCAAUCCCUGUACAGUGCAGCUCUACGUGUGAACGACCGAAAUGCAAAGAUGCAUAACAACAUGGGACGAGCUCUGGAAAAUGUCAACAUGUAUCAAGAGGCCUACAUGCAUUACAAGAAGGCCAUCACGUUACAGCCCGAUGAUAUUCGAGGACACCUCAAUAUUGGCCGGAUGCUGAUUAUUCUCGAGAAGUUCACAGAUGCGGAAAGCGUCCUACAAGAGGCACUUACUUUGCUUGCAAAGCCUAAUAAGAACAGGACACGAGUGCCUCGAGUAACGUCAACGCACCUCCGGCUGUACCUCUGCUUGGCGUCACUUAUUUCCAAGGACGAUAGGAGGCAUCAAGAAGCGGAUCAGCUCUACAAGCAAGUAAUGCGUCUGAGACCAGAUUUUGCCGAAGCCUAUAUUAGUCGAGGCGAUUUUCUUCUGCGAACAAACAGGACUGAAGAAGCGCAGAACAUGUACGAAAUUGCAUUGGGGCUGGACGACACGAACCCCGAUGUCUUAUAUAACCUCGGUGUUGUUCACAUGGAGCAUGGUCGUAAUGAAGAAGCCUUGGGAUUAUUCGACAGAGCCCUCAAGCUGGACCCGGGUCAUCAGCAUGUGCUGCAGAAUUCAGCGGUUCUUGUUCGCGGAACAGGGAGGAAAAACGAGAGGCUGGAGAGGAUUGUGCACGGCAGUGGUGGCGAAGACAGAUAUUUUCACCUGGCCAUGCUGGCACUGGCCAAGAAGGACACAUCAACGGCUGAGAUGAUGUUCCGAAGAUCGGUGGCGGUGCAACCGAACCAGCGUAGUGCCCUGUUCAACCUGGCCCUUCUUCUUUCGGAUCAGCAGCGACCAAUGGAGGCAAUGACGUUUCUCAAACAGCUUCUCAAGUACCAUCCGAACCACAUCGAAGGUCUCGUUCUUUUGGGAGAUAUCAACUUCAAUCACUUAAGAGACAUAGAAGCUGCCGAAACGUGCUACCUUAGGAUCCUGUCCCUGAACCCCCGACACGUGCAGGGUUCCCACAACCUCUGCGUCGUGUAUGUCGAGCGCGGAGAGCUAAGUCGCGCUGAACGAUGCUUUCGUCAUGCUACCACUUUGGACCCCAACGCUGACUACAUACGACGCCAUCUGCAGGUCACUCAGAACCUCCUGCAGAACCACACGGAAGAUCCCGUACACGUCAAGAUGUCAUCACAAAUGCAAGACAUCUCUGGAUCCUCUAGAAGCCGGUGAUACUUGGUGCGCCCAAGUCAUGUGAUUGUGGAAGUCACGCUGCUACACUCUAUGAUGCUCCCAGCACAUAUUCACGGGACAUUUUCUAGAAGGCUUGUAUGAGACACAGAUCUAUGCCUGUGCUAGAAUUGUUAUGCGCGGUAUUGUUUCAAAGGAUAUGUCAAAAUUCGUACCGUAUUUGCAGAAGGGGCUCCGUAUAGGUAUCGAGCUUGAGAGCGUGUGCUCUCUGGGGGCAACGCAUCAUGAACAUAUUUAUUUUCACAAGUGUGACUGAUCAAGUAUCAUGUGCAGUUCGGCAUACACAUUAGUACUUGUUGAUGACGCGUGAAAAAAUUACCAUUCCUUGGAAACUUGUCCGAAUUCAUAACAUCAAACAGUCUGUUGAGAACGCGUGGCUACGAAGUGCCAAAUAUGCGUCAUGUCCACGUAGAGCUACAUUGUGCUGUAAGCAGAAUAUUUCAGCUACCGUACAAACUGUGUGUUCUACCACUAAUACGGGCACGCAUGAAGAGAGACGAUGGUUUUGCAGAACCGCACAGGAAACUCGAAACUGUAUGAAAGCCAGGGCCUAAAUGCAAAUAUUAUUUUACACAGUUUGUGCAUAAUGGAACAGAUCGGCAAACAAGACGUUUAAAAGAUCAACUACACGACUUCCCAAAUGUAACCAUAAAGGCAGAGAGGUAAUUAGGAGAUUAUUGUCACGAUAAAAAAGUAAGUUAUGUUGUGCUAGUUCCCGCGGGGGUUGUGUAGCUUCAUUGGCAAAAUGAAUCCACGAAUUCUCGUAGCUGUUAUUUUAUGGGGUGAUGGGAUAAUUAUAGGGAGAAUGAUCAGUACUUGCAAACGAUUCAAUUCCAUUCCGUUCGAGGAAGGAACCGAACUCGCAACAACCUUAGCUCAUCAUAGAGGACUCUGCUGCCCAUGCCUCUGUGCAGGGUAUCUGCGCAACGCGUGCUGUUCCAGCUCUUGACACGCCAAGUUCUGAGCGAACUACUUCCAGUUGAAAUAUUCCGCUAUAAUGGACUUGUCUUGCAAAGUGCCACGUGCAAUGUGAACGCGCAACGCCGGCCAUUCGACAGUACACCGUUGGUAACGCCAACGUCAGGGUGUUUCCCCUGGGGUUUCCUCAGACGCUCUAUUCGCCUCUAUUCGAAAUCGCUCAGUGAGGACAGUGCGAACCUACGUCCCCCGUACUUUUGAAAUGCGCGUGCAACAUAGAUUUUUGCAGAUACAUAGAUACUGCUGUACAACAACGUUUUGCAACAUAGAGUGUUGCAGAAACGAGAAAUCUCAGAAUGAUUCAU